CCCGAGAGGAGCUGGGGGAGGACGGUGGCCUGCGAGGCUCGCCGCAGACAACGCGGCGGCGAUGUCCGCGAGUCAGGCGGGAGCCGCGGCGGCAGCGGCGGGUCCUCGCGCACGACAGGGCGUCCUGGGCUUCGGCCUCCCUCCGGUUCCUAGGAAGCGGGCCGACGGCCAGCGCGGGAGCAGCAGCGGCAGAGACGGAGGCUCCGGCGCGUCUCUCUCCUCCCCUUGAGCCUGAGCCGGGGGAGGCCAGGCGGCCGGGGUGGCUGGAGGGGGGUCCGCUGCCCGAGAAUGGGAAUUCUCUUCACCAGGAUAUGGAGACUGUUCAAUCACCAGGAGCACAAAGUUAUCAUUGUUGGGCUGGAUAAUGCGGGAAAAACUACCAUCCUUUACCAAUUUUCUAUGAAUGAAGUUGUACAUACCUCCCCAACAAUAGGAAGUAAUGUAGAAGAGAUAGUGAUUAAUAAUACACGUUUUCUAAUGUGGGAUAUUGGUGGCCAAGAAUCUCUUCGUUCUUCAUGGAACACUUACUAUACUAACACAGAGUUUGUAAUAGUUGUUGUGGACAGUACAGACAGAGAAAGGAUUUCUGUAACUAGAGAAGAACUCUAUAAAAUGUUAGCCCAUGAGGACCUAAGGAAAGCUGGAUUGCUAAUCUUUGCUAAUAAACAAGAUGUUAAAGAAUGCAUGACUGUAGCAGAAAUCUCCCAGUUUUUGAAACUAACUUCUAUUAAAGAUCACCAGUGGCAUGUCCAGGCAUGCUGUGCUCUUACUGGCGAGGGAUUAUGCCAAGGACUUGAAUGGAUGAUGUCACGACUUAAGAUUAGAUGAUCUCUACUGACCUGUUCUCAUAGACUUUGUAUAAAUGAAGUGCUGGACUUUACCUGAAAGCUGCAAAAAUUAAUGGUUUAGAUAUAUUUAUAAUAAACUGAUUUAAACAGUUAAACUUUUUCUAUAAGAAGAACAAAUAAGACCACUUGUUUGAAAACAAAGAUGAAGUCUCACCUUUCCAUCUGCUUUCUCAUUAGUUCCUUCCAAAGCAAGGUCUUAAAGCUGUGAUGGACAUUUUUCUCAUAAAGAAUCCUCUCAGGACAUUGUGUAGCCUGUGGUGAGAACAUUACUUUAAUAAAAGAUGUCUAUACAACAUUUUUCAUGCUGCCGACAAGAGUGCCAACGUGAUGACUUUCUGGGUACCGUUGCUGUAAACAAGCAUAUAUUCCGUUCCUGCUGUGUGAAAAGGAGCCACAUGUAAUGAUUGUGGUCUUAUUCAGGGACAGAGUGCUGAUGAUAUCAUUUCCAUAGACAGUACAAUGCUGCAGCUGGCUCUGUCAGUCUAGGAGGAGAGUGCACUUAAAAAAAGACCAUGAAGUAAUUUGCAGUUCAGGGGCAGUGUUUUAAAGGAAAUGAGCUGGAAGUCUACUCACUAAACCUUGUGCUGUUUUUUCUUUUUAAUGUUUUUGUGUCUUCAAAGUGUAACCAUACCAGCUUGCAUAGCCCACGUUAGGAAUUCAGGAAAGGGUGGACAGCGUUAAGAAUUUUGCUUUUUGGAAAAGUUCUUUGGCGGGAGACCUUGGAAGAAAAAAUUAUAUACAUGUCUGGAAUUUAAACCUACAUUGGUAAUUUCAUCUAAGACAUUUAAGAAAUGUGUUUCAGGGAUAUUUAUUAGUUAUCUGUUCCCUUGCAGUGCAAGGCUGACAAGCAUAUAAGUGCACGAGUCCCAACAGCAUGAAAGCAAGGAGUCAGAGUUCCCACCCUCCUUGGCUCAAAGGAAACACAAGUGAGUAGCAUUCAGUGGACCAAUAACCUGACCAAAAAUCCAUUAAGUGCAUAGCUAGUUUUCCUAGGACAAUAUUUUAGCUACAGGUGAUUUUUUGACACCAUGUGUAUCUCCUCACUCCUCUUCUCUAGUGUCCAAAAAUGUAUCUUUCAGCUUCUAUAUACAAUAGCAAAAUAAAAUUCAACAGAUAACCUGAAUACCUACCAUGUCUUAGAGAUGGUGCUAGGGGUCAGGGAUGUAGAGAAUGAA